UUGCUUUCUCAUCACAUUGUUGGUUUAUGGUGCCAUCACAAAGCAGCCAGCCUAGAGCAGUGGCUAAUGGGCAGUUUGCACAGUGAGACUGGCUAUCAGUCUAGGUGCACUUGGAAAUUCAUCAUGGAUAGGAUGGACACAUUUAUGAAGUGGAGUACUAGUUUGGGGUGCACUGUCAGUGAAAGAGCUUAAGCCACCUCUGGAAGUGUUCACUUUGGAAGGUGUCGUGUGGCUGAAGAGGAACCUCAGAACAGGGAGACCUGAAUUGUUUAAUUGUAAAGGUGCAAACUAAGCAAGAUGUCCAUUGAUCUGAAUGAUAUGAUGCAACUUCUGUGCUCUGUGGCUGAAAUGCGGGAGAUGAAAGCUGUUCUGCCACAUUCAGAAAAAGGGAAGCUUGCAACAUUUGUGGAUGCUGUUUUCGGACGCUUCUUGGGACCCCCUCCUGACAUUUUUGCAGAAAAUGUUGAUCAAAAUUACAUCGUUUACCACUUGAACAGUCCAAAAUUUAAACCUGUGUCUCAGAUUAUUCCGGAAUUAUCUUCCAAGAACAAGCAGCAGCUUUAUAAUGAUGCCUUACCUGUCAUUGGGAAUCAAGAAUGGACUGACACGGCACAGCUCACGGCCCUGGUCAAAGAAAGUCAAAAACUGCAAACACUGUUGCUUGGAGUGCUGUCGAACUUCCUCCUCCUUGAGUACCAAGCCGAAGUCCAGUUUAGCAGUCGUAUUAGCGACUAAUGCUGCUCCUCUUGAAUUAAAAACAAGACAAGAAGAAGGAAGCUCCAAGUUACAAGGUGCCUUUUUAUGUGCAGAGCAAAUAACACAGCAAAUCUGCAUUUUUAUAUUACUGUAUUGAAAUAAAUUGACUUUCCCUGAAGUUUCAUGUGUG